AUGAAACACAUGAAACCAAUGGGACCCCUGAAGUUGGAAGGAAAUAUCGCAAAAAAAUUGGCGAAAGUGGAGUCAGAGAUGGAACCUCUACGUAAAGAUCUAAGGUCCAAAGCCAAGACCUGUGAAUUUGGAACACUCCAAGACAGUAUUGUUUGUGGAAUCGAUAGUGAUAGUAUCAGGGAGCGACUACUCAGAAACACCGAACUGACCCUUGACACUGCCAUCAAUGCUGUUAGGGCCGCCGAGACGAGUAAAACGCAGAUAGAAAAUCUGAAAGAUGGUGCAAGUCUCGAAACAGCUGCCCUAAACAAAAGAGGAACAGCUAGGAGAAACCAAAAACAGCAUAACCAGCGUGAUCCUAAGAGAGAGGACAGGAAAACGUGUGGACGUUGCGAUUCCUCCCACAAGCCAAAAGAAUGUAAAGCAUUUGGUAAAGAAUGUUUCAAAUGCAAUGGAAAAAAUCAUUUUUCAUCUAUGUGCAAGUCGAAGGAAGUCCCGCCCAAGAAAGUUCACGACUUGGAAAAGGACAGCGUCUCAGAGAGCGACGACUCAAUUGACGAGUUAUUUCUUGGCGAGAUCGACUCAACAAAAAGCGACGAAGAAAUCUACAACUCACUGCCGCAAAAACCAAGGCUACAAGAUGCAAAUAUCAGGCUGAAUGCCUAUGGUGGAAUGAAAAUACCGCUGUUGGGAAAAUGCUCUCUCGCUGUGAGACGCGACGGAAAUGAGUUAACCGCGGAAUUCUAUGUUGUCAGAGCUAACAAAGCAAAACCCCAUAUCGGUCUAGAGACAUGCCGGAUAUUAGAACUGAUAAGAAUCGGCAGAAACGUAAGCGAAAUAAGCAAAGGAGAUGCAGAAAUUCUCAACGAAUUCAAUGUUGUUUUUGAAGGAUAUGGACUCGUAGAUGGCGAGUACCAUAUCAAUUUGAGUAAUGUGGCUCAACCUACAAUCCAUCCGCCACGCAAGGUAACCCUUAGUUUGAUGCAUAAGUUAAAGGAAACCCUGGAGAAGUUGACCAAAAUGGGUGUCAUAAGCAAUGUGGAAAAAGCGACUGACUGGGUUAGCAGUUUAGUUAUCGUAGAAAAGAAAAACGGAACCUUGCGUCUGUGUUUAGAUCCAAAGGAACUGAACAAUGCAAUCAAGCGCGAGCACUACAAGCCGCCAACCGCAGAGACAUUGUCAAGUAAACUGAGCGGAAAAAGGGUUUUCACCGUGAUUGACAUGUCCAAUUGUUAUUGGCACAAGAAACUCGACGAGGAAUCUUCGUACUUGUGCACAUUCAACACGCCUUUCGGAAGACACAAGUUCGAUAGAAUGCCUUUUGGAAUUUCUGUAGCUGCUGAUGUAGCACAGAAAAUGAUUGAUGAUAAUUUCAGUGACAUUCCUGGAGUUUUAGCGGUACACGAUGACAUCAUCAUCGCAGGGAGCGACAAGGCGGAGCACGACGAAGCUCUGAGCCGUGUGUUACUAUGCGCAAGGGAACGUAACAUCAGGUUUAACCGUGACAAGAUCCAACUACGCGUGAAUCAAGUCAAAUAUCUUGGAAAUAUUGUCACAGCCGACGGAUUUAAACCUGACCCAGAGAAAACAAAGGCAAUUAAGGAAAUGCCACAACCGGAAACCAAACAAGAUCUACAACGAUUACUUGGCAUGGUCAAUUACCUGUCACAAUACAUUCCGAUUAUGUCGGAAAUCACGGCACCUUUGAGGUCACUUCUAAAGAGGAACGCACAAUGGGUUUGGUAUGACGAACACAAACAAGCAGUGGAUAAGAUAAAGGAAGCGCUAACAAAUAGCCCAGUACUACGCUAUUUUGACAUCAAUGAAAAAAAUAGUUAUCCAAUGUGA